UUGUUUCUCUAGUCAUCCUCCUCUCUCGUUCCACACUCCUCUCCCUUCCCCCCUCGUGUUUCGCCUCUGCUAAUCUCCUUCCACUCGUCCCCUACCGCGCGUGGAUCCCUCUCAUGGCGGACGCCGCCAAACCACUACCGUCUGACGGAAAGGAAGGCAGCAACGGCGGCGAGGCGAACAUCGCGGCGUGGCUGUACGGCGUGGAGGACAUUCGGCUGCUGCCCGCGCCUACUGCCCCGGAACUAGGGCCUCACGACGUGCGGGUGCGCGUGAAGGCGGUGGGGAUAUGCGGCAGCGACGUGCACUUCUACAAGCACAUGCGCAUAGCAGACUUUGUAGUCCGCGCCCCCAUGAUCAUUGGUCAUGAGAGCGCCGGCGUCGUGCUGGAAGUGGGCGCCGCUGUCACGCGCUGCCAGCCUGGGGACGCAGUGGCCAUGGAGCCAGGCCGCGGGUGCCUCGCUACAGCUGCUGCGUGCGCGCACUGCGCCGGGGGGCAGGGCCGCUACAACCUGUGCCGUGACAUGCAGUUUUUUGCCACGCCGCCCGUGCAUGGAUCGCUGGCCAAUGAGGUGAUCCACCCUGACUUCCUGUGCUUCCCCCUGCCCCCCUCCGUGUCUCUCGAGGAGGGUGCCAUGUGCGAGCCUCUCAGCGUGGCUGUGCACGCCUGCCGCCGCGCCCUCGCCCCCGGCCCCGCCCUCCUCCCCUUCACACACCCCUCCGACUCCCCCUCACCCUCGCCCUUCGCCUCGGAGCCGUCUCUGUCCGGUCUGCAUGUAGCAGUGGUGGGGGCGGGGCCCAUAGGGCUGCUAGUGGCGAUGACCGCACGGGCGUUGGGUGCAACUGCUGUUGCUAUAGCGGAUGUUAGUGCCGAGAGAGUGGGGUUUGCACAGGAGGUGCUGGGUGGGGGGGAGGAGAAGGGGAGUGGAGGGGGGUGUGGAUUCAAAGUGCUGCAGAUGGAAGCUGGUGCCACGCCUGAAGCCAACGCCGCUCGUCUCCUGGAAGCAUGUGCGGGCACCAUCCACGUCACCAUGGACUGCGUCGGGAUCACUGCCACCAUGCGCACUGCGCUGCAUGCGACAUCAGCAGGCGGGCGUGUGGUGCUCAUCGGCAUGGGGGAAACCGCGCCGGAAAUGUCCCUCCCGAUCCCAUCCGCCGUGGGCGUGGCGCUUCGAGAGGUGGACAUUGUCGGGGUGUUCAGGUACUGCCACACGUACGAUGUAUGUGUUUCGUUACGGCGCGACAAGCGCGUGAAUGUGAAGCCGCUUAUAACGCAUCGGUAUGGGUUCUCUCAAGAGGAUGUGGAGGCGGCGUUUAGGGUGAGUGCCAGGGGAGGGAAGGCUGUGAAGGUCAUGUUCAAACUGUAGUGUGGCUUCCCGGUAUAAGUUUGUAGAAGAUCCUACUGUUUAGGGUGUGUGGUGUCGUUUUAUUGUUUGCUAGAUACGUACUCCUGUACAGUAUAUCUUCUUGCAAGGUGAAGACUGUCUGUGUAUGAAUGCCGCUAUCACUUCCAAGUUCCGUAAACCCCCGGAUGUAUGACCCUAGUGUCUUGAAUCAUACGUUGGAUUUAGGGGGUGGGUCUUGAAUGAGGAGUUGCAAACAAGUUACCCAGGACUUAUGUUGUACGCCUAUGGAAUGGAAGUGU